AUGGGCCCGAACAGCGAUCCGCGGGGGUACAUCGAAUCAUGGAUUCAGGGCCUCAUCGUGGAUAAUGAUGACGCGCAAUCAUGGGUGUUGCCAGUCAUUGCUCGCAUCGAGAUCGACCGCACAGCCGCGCCGCUGACAGUCUGGAUCGGCGGAUAUUGCGAUUUCCACAUCCUCUCACGUCUGAAGAUGGACCGUGUUCCCUUCGAGGGCCAGCUCUUCGACCCAACCGGAAAGUUCAAGGCUGCCAAGUGGAGCACCGAUCCGCAUUACAGAGGCAGUGGUGUUUGGGGUUCGGAGAAUGACAAUUACGAGAUGAUGUGGAUCGAGAGGCUCUUCAUCAAGCGGCAAUUCCGCAACCGGUGCUUCGGUAGACAUCUGACACGUGAGCUCACCUCCACGAUCAGUGACCUGGUUCCGAAGAACGAUGAUGACCCAUACCUGUUCGUGGUCACGUACCCCGAUUGCCUGGAGAUCGAGUUGCAGGAGGAGCUGCGUCUGCAGAAUCCCCCAGGCAAUCAGGCGCAGAUCCGGGAGCGUGGCCGGGCAGCAGCUAGCCGGUUCUACCGCUCGCUGGGCUUUCGACGUGUGGGAUCGUCGGGCUUCUUCGCGUGGACUUCCAACCCGAACCACCCGAGCAAGGCGCUUGACGCUGCGCAUGACUAUGAUCCUCCCGCGGAUGACUAUCAUCCUUCCGGUCGUCCUCGUACCUUGUUCUCAGCCGGGGUGGCAAGCGCGUGGCUCAGUUCAUAA